GUGUGCGCGCACCGGGGGCAGCUCCCCACGUGGGGCUGACGCGGCAGCCCCGGCCUGAUCCGGGGCUAUAAAGAGGCUCGGCGGCGAGCUAGACAGAGCAGCCGCCGUCGGCUGCAGCCCAAGUUCCGGCUGUGCUCCGCUUCGCGCCCUCUUCCGCGGCUCCCGGUGGGCAGCGCCGCAGCAUGAGCCGCGGGCGCCUGCAGCCCCUCCCUGGCGACCGCCGCGCAGCCCCGCCCCGGCUAGCGUCGCGGUAGGAGCGCGGAGCCUCGCGGAGCGGGGCUGGGCGCGGGUGGGGCAGGGGGCGAAGGGCGGGGGUGUCCACGCAGCCGGGGUUGAUGUUUAACCUGGAGCGCCCGUUCACGGAGAGGGGCCACUUCUCCUCCAUGGAGUACCAGCGGCAGCUGGAGGAGGGCUACCCGCCUCCCGGCAACAACGGGACCUUCAACGACAGCGCGGCCGGGCCGGGAUGGGGCAUGCCGUAUCCCCUGCACACCACCGUCACCCUCAUCAGCCUGGCGGGCUUGCUCAUGCUCUUCACCGUCUUCGGCAAUGUCUUGGUCAUCAUUGCUGUCUUCACCAGCCGGGCACUUAAGGCCCCCCAGAACCUCUUCCUGGUCUCCUUAGCCUCAGCUGACAUCCUGGUGGCCACGCUAGUCAUCCCCUUCUCCCUGGCAAACGAGGUGAUGGGGUACUGGUACUUCGGCAAAGUUUGGUGUGAGAUCUACCUGGCCUUGGAUGUGCUAUUCUGCACCUCCUCCAUCGUGCACUUGUGUGCCAUCAGCCUGGACCGUUACUGGUCCAUCACACAAGCCAUUGAGUACAACCUCAAGCGUACCCCACGCCGCAUCAAAUGCAUCAUCUUCAUUGUGUGGGUCAUCUCGGCUGUCAUCUCUUUCCCACCGCUCAUCUCCAUCGAGAAGAAGAGUGGGCAGCAGGCUGACCAGGGGGUGGCAGGGUGCAAGAUCAAUGAUGAGAAGUGGUACAUCAUCUCUUCUAGCAUUGGCUCCUUCUUUGCCCCCUGCCUCAUCAUGAUCCUGGUCUAUAUGCGCAUCUACCAGAUAGCCAAGAGGCGAACCAGGGUACCACCAAACAAGAGGGCAGAGCGUCCUGAGAAGAAGCAGAAUGGCUUAACUGACAAGGAGGAUCUGCCAGCCACAGCUCAGCUCAAUGGGGAGGAAGCAGCAGGAGGUGGUGGUGGGCAGGAGAGAGAGGUCAACGGCAUAGACAUGGAAGAGACCUCUUCCUCUGACCACCAGGAGAACAACCAGUGUAAGAAGCCAGAGAGACCACCGAGGGGAAAGACCAAGACUAAACUGAGCCAGAUUAAGCCUGGGGACAGUUUACCCAGGAAAGCAGAGGAAGAGAGGAACACCAAAGGGUCACGGUGGAGGGGCAGGCAGAACCGGGAGAAACGUUUCACGUUUGUGCUGGCAGUGGUUAUCGGGGUCUUUGUCAUCUGUUGGUUCCCCUUCUUCUUCACCUACACGCUGACAGCUGUCUGCAAGAGCUGCUCUGUGCCCAACACCCUCUUCAAGUUUUUCUUCUGGUUCGGUUACUGCAAUAGCUCCUUGAACCCAGUCAUCUAUACGAUUUUCAACCAUGACUUCAGACGGGCCUUCAAAAGGAUCCUCUGCAGGAUAGAGAGGAAAAGGAUUGUUUGAAGCACCCUUUGCUAUGGGUGGGACUAAUUCAAGACUUUGUAGGAGAGUAAGGCAUGGCUCUCUUGUGCUGUGCUUGCAUGGGUUGGUUUCCUUCAGCUCCUGAGCAGGAAGCCUUUAACGCCUGAGAUGAGCCCAUGGAAAUGCCAAGCAGCAGCAGUGAAGAGCAGCAGGCAAGUGGAAGUCCGAGCCGUGGCAUUCGGCUUUCCAGGGGAGGAUAGCCUUUGACUUGCUUGGCUUAUUAGUUUGGGGUUUUUUUCUUUAUUUUUUUUUUCUCUUUUGCCAGAAUCUCUCAGUGGAUAUUUUCGUGAUUGCUCAGUUUGACUCUUUUUAAAGCAACGUGCAGCUCCAUGAGAUGAACAACAAAGAGGGAGUAUGCCACCACAGAGAUGUUGGCUUUUGUAUUUUCUUGCAUAUUUUUUUUAUUAUUAUUUUUUUUUCCUGUGUAUAUGUAAUUAAUUUUAACCCCCUUGUAAAAUACAGUGUUGUAUCCCUGAAUUUGAAUGUCAUAAUUUUUGUAAGGCAAGCAGCUUUGAAACUGUGAAUGCUUUAAUUACCUUUGACACCUUACAAGUCCCUCUCUUCCCACCCCCAAUCCCCCUCACUCAAACCCAUUGAACAAGCAGAGCUAUUCUCUCUAGCUGACAGUUUGAAAGUAUUGCCAAAAUUUCCAGUCAGUGUCCUGUCUUUUUUUUCCUUUUCUCUUCCAUAAAGCUUAGGAUCACAAACCUCACCAGACUGGCUAAUUUUAUUGUUAUUUUUACUGUCAUACUUGAUUCUGUUUAAUUUCUGUGUUGCCUGUGAUAUAAUACAGCUGAGAUGGUGACUACCCUCUCAUUAUUCGUUAAAGCAGACCCUGACCGAGCGGUGGCUUUGCUGUGCAGGCAGGGAAGUCCUGGGUGACGGAGUGUCAGGCUACUUCCCUGUGCAACGUGAGGCUUGGGAUCUGGCCAAGCUCCCUACGAGUUAAUCUCAGUUGAUAUUAUUCCACACUGCAACACUGAAAUGUGUUUGAUGUUAACUUUCUCCCCCCCACCUCCAACUGUAAAUAGAUAACAUUUGAAAGGAAAUAGCAGGGCUGUGUGUAUUAUGUUAUCUCAUUUGUAUUGAUUUGUGAUGGUUUAACUCCUGUGGGAUUUCCUGCAGCAGAGGGGGAGGGUGUUUGGUCCCUCUUUUUGAAAUUGAGAGAGAAGAGUUCAGUUUUUAACCUGCCAGUCUCCUUUUUCCCAGGAAAUGUGAAAGCAUCUCUCUUUCAAGUCUUACACAGGGCAAACCUCUGAAAUGGGAAACUCAGAGAUAGUUUAUCCAGUAUUUUAUAGUGUAAUUGAGCUUUGUUUUUUAAAAACAAACAAGCCACAGAGCAACAACAAAACCAAGAAGUAUGUAAAUAUUGGGAGACUAGAGCAGAACAGAGUUAAUCCUGCUUUUACACUCUUUUCCUGAAAUGUCUUUCAGCUCUUUCUGCUAAAAACAAAAACCAACCCCAAACAACAACAACAACAACAACAAAACCAAACAAAAAUGCACAGAACAAAUCUAGCAUCCUUGUGCCAUGAAGAAACUUCUGGACAACAUUAAAAGGAAAAUCUUUUUUUGAUUCAUCACAACCAGUCAGUGCAAGCCUUUUAAUGUGAGGAAAACAAGUCAUAGGAAUUGGUUGGAGAAAGCCAAGUUUGUGUAAGUCUUGUGUCUAAGAUGGAUUUGCCUUCUCUGCAGUGGUACGGUGCACAGGAAGAGACUUUAAAAAAUUACCUUUUCACUUUUGGGAAGUGUUUUGUUGAUUUUGCUCUCUCUUUUUGACUUUGUAAUUAACUCCAAGGGUCCCUGGAUGGAUCUUGGGACCUGGAGAGCAAUGUUUACAUUCACUUGCAUUUUCACAACUCAAUCCUCAAGAGGUGAGGAAAGCAAAGAAAACUGCGCUUCAAUGUUAAAAAAAAACCCAACCCAAACCAUAAGCAGAAGUUGCUAUGAUGGAUGAUUAUUUUUAUUAAAUAAAAGAGUGUUUACAGAUCAAACAUGAAAA